AUGGAUAUAAACGGCCCUCUCUCUGCCAGAGCUAAUGCUUUCAGUAUCACGUCUCUUAUGUCGGGGCCGUUCGCCGACUCGUUUCUGGGGUCCCUAGGUGGAGCCUUUGGGUACCAACAAGUCCCUCCCCAGAGAAGCACAGAUUGUCUCUUCGAGUGGGGACAAAAUGGAGGAUAUGGAGUAGGAAUAAAAGGAAUGGAAGCCUGCAUUUUAAAUGCCGGAACAGGCAGACCCUACUAUGACUCGUCUCGUAUAGACACGUACCCGGAGAGUUCUGCCCGACCCCCCGGAUCUACUGGGAUCAAUGAUGGUGUUUGUGACAAAACAAGUCCUGGAAUCACUUGCGAUGAAUCUAGGACAUGUGUAAAAGACAACUGUGAAGGAGAAAAUGCAGGAAUGGACGAUAAGUCAGAUACACCCAAAAAACCUCUUCAUUCAAAACUAAUAAACGUUAGUGCUCAUCUAGAAAUGAAAUCUCUUUGGGACGAGUUUGACGAACUUGGGACAGAAAUGAUUGUCACCAAAGCAGGCAGACGGAUGUUCCCGACGUUUCAGGUUCGAAUGUAUGGCCUUGACCCUAUGGCAGAAUACAUGGUGAUGAUGGACUUUGUACCUUGUGAUGACAAGCGGUAUCGCUACUCCUUUCAUAGCUCCAGUUGGGUGGUGGCAGGAAAGGCAGAUCCACAUAUGCCAGGAAGGAUACACGUCCACCCAGAUUCCCCCGCUAAAGGAGCUCAAUGGAUGAAGCAAAUUGUGUCGUUCGACAAACUAAAAUUAACAAAUAACCUUAUGGAUGACAAUGGUCAUAUCAUACUAAAUUCUAUGCACAAAUAUCAGCCACGCUUUCAUGUCGUAUAUGUGAAUCCUAAAUCUGAAGAUUGCUCAAACACAGAAAAUUUCAAGACAUAUCUAUUUCCAGAGACGAAGUUUAUGGCAGUUACAGCCUACCAAAAUCAUAGGAUAACACAGCUCAAAAUAGCCAGUAAUCCGUUUGCCAAAGGUUUUCGAGAUGUCGACCCCAACGAAUGUAUGGUGGAUGUGAUCUCCCAUCUCAACCCUUGCUCACGUCCCAGGAAUCAACACCGUCCAAGUUCUUUGCAUCUCUCAAACAUCACUCGGAAAAGGGGAUCGGAUGACAAAGACAAAUGUUCUUCCGAAUCGGAUGAUUCAACAUGUAUGUCUCCCACCGGGGUAGUGAAUCACAGCUUGUCCACUACUCCCCUUAGGCUACCCCCUCGAGGAUCUUACACAGACAGUUAUAACUAUGUUCCCUACUCUCACGAGACUUACAUGAUGACGUCCAAAUCUCGUCCUUCGCCAUAUUCUCGAAGCAUGGAAUAUCAAACGUUUCAUCAUGCAAGAAUGAAGGAGAUUUAUCAAGGGACGACCUGUGGAUACAACUUUUAA